AUGGCGGCCGGCUCGGUGAGCUCGGACGGACUGGUAACGAAAAACAUGAUGUCGAGGCUAGUCAGUAUACGUUCAAUCAUCAAAACAAGAGUUAUAGAAGUUUUUAACCGCGUCGGAUCUUUAGAGUGUUUUUUCGCAAUGUCAACAUAUUGCUGUGUGCCGAAAUGCUCACAGACUGGCUAUGUAGAUGUAAAUGGAAGGCCUGUUUCUUUUUUUAACUUCCAAAAGGACCCGAUCUUACGCAAAAAGUGGAUUCAUGCUAUACGAAGAGACGAGGGGAAGGACUUCAACAUCGUGAAGUCAACUAAAGUAUGCUCGCUUCACUUUCGUCCAUCUGAUCUCCGGAAAACCUUAAAUGGCCGGAUUUUCGUAAAAGAAAAUGUUGUCUCUUCAAAAUUCGAAUGGCAACAAGAAUCCCCAAAGAAAAGAAAGGCGCCAACACAGCGAUGUUCACCUCGUGGUAAAGCCUCUAGUAAAACCAACAUGGCGGCUUCAACAUCCUCAGAUGUAGAUAAUGUUCCGUUGUUUGAAGAUGUUUCUGUCGAUCUUUCUUCAGAAAUAAAUGAGAGUUCUCCUGAUGGCUCAAAUGAAGAACUUGUGCGAUUAAGKGACGAAGUAAAACGUCUAGAACACGAAGUAAAAUUUCUACGAGCUGAUUUACAACGUCUCACCAAUGAGAACAUGUCUUCAAAAGAGGAGGUUUUUCAAUUGAAAACUGAGCUCCAAGAACUCAAAAAGGACUCAGAAUUACGUAUCAAAGAUCUUCAAGAAAACAACAUUGAUUUAAAGUGCCAGAACGACUCCCUCGAGAAAGAAAAAGAGCUGCUAUCUUCAAGACUUUUUAGCCUUGAAAAGGAGAAAAUAUCAGAUAUUGCAGCCAAUCAGACAGGGGUUCCUGAUAAUUAUUAUGAUGACCAGGAUACAGACAUAGAAGAAGAGCAACAACCGCAAACUAAAAAGGGAAGGCCUAAAAAACUUACCACAGAGACUGAAUUUUUUAUGGUUAUGUGCCGGUUGCGUCGUGGUUUUAGCAUACACCACCUGUCUCACUUGCUUGGUCUGGCUGACUCAACUAUUAGCAGGACUUUUACUGCCUGGAUCAAUUUUCUGUUCUUGAAAUUUGGAACAAUAAACAUUUGGCYUUCACAACAAGUUCUUAGAGAAACAAUGCCAGAACCAUUUAAGGAGAAAUUCCCCUCUACGAGAGUUAUAAUUGACUGGACUGAAAUUAUGUGUGAGAUGCCCAGCAGCCUUCGUUUAAAUUCUGAGCUUUUUAGUUCUUACAAGAACCAUACAACUCUMAAGUCACUGGUUGGAAUUGCACCUUGUGGAGCUGUGACAUUUGUAAGCCAAUUGUACACAGGAAGUAUCUCUGACAGGGAAAUUGUCAUUCGUAGAGGAUUUUUGUCACAAAAGUUUGACGACGGAGACUCUGUGAUGGCAGAUAAGGGAUUCACCAUUGAAGAUCUGUUACCAUUGGGUACAUCCCUCAACAUUCCUCCUUUUCUAGGUCAGUAUGGUCAGAUGGAUCCAAGUGAUGUCAUCAAGACCCAACAGAUUGCUUCCCUUAGGAUUCACGUGGAGCGAGCCAUCAACAGAAUCAAAAACUACAAAAUAUGGUAA